AUGGAGAGCGGGGGUGAGAGGAGGGCGAUGGAGAGCGGGGGUGAGAAGAGGGCGAUGGAGAACGGGGGUGAGAGGAGGGCGACGGAGAACGGGGGAGGGAGGAUGCGGAGGUUCCCCCCCACGGAGUGGGUCAUGUGUUCCACGUGCUCCGGGUUUGUGUUCAGGAAGAGACGCACAUCCGAGGUGGUGGAGGUGGUGAAGGAAGCCGAGAAGAUGCGGGACUUGAUGAAGGCGGUGCUGCGGCACGGGCCCCUCCAGGAGAUAGAGCCGGCUGAGGCGACGAAGAAGCAGUGGCAGGACCUGCAGACGAGGAGGAGGAUUAUGAUGGAGACCAAGAGGUGCCCGACUUGCUCCGGUUCGCUGUUAGAGGUGUGCCCGACUUGCUGCCAUUCGCUGUUACAGAAGCCCGGGCCCGAUGAGGAAGACAAGGCGAUGGUAGCUGACCCCGGAUCGAAGGCCGGAUUGAAGGAGAAGAAGAAGAGAUCGAGGGAGGAGAGCAGCGCUGACCCCGGAUCGAAGGCUGGAUUGAAGGAGAAGAAGAAGAGAUCGAGGGAGGAGGGCAGCGAGUUGAUGGCUGUCCUUCCGUCGCAGGGCGGGAAUCAGAGGAAGAAGAUUGCGACGGAGGACGAGGCGAUGGUGGCAGACGCCAGAUCGGAGCAGAAGUCGAAGCGAUCGAGGGAGGAGGGCAAGACAUCUAGCAGCGGAUUGAAGGAGAGGAAGAAGGCGAAGAGUGAGGAUGAGGAGGGCAGCGGAUCAAAGAAGAAGGCUAAGAGAUCGUGCGAGAUGGAGGGCAGUGGAUCGAAGGAGGAGGUGAAGAUGGAGGGCAGCGGAUCGAAGGAGGAGGCGAAGAUGGAGGGCAGCGGAUCAGAGAUGGAGGGCAGCGGAUCAAAGGAGGAGGCGAAGAUGGAGGGCAGCGGAUCGAAGGAGGAGGCCAAGAUAGAGGACAUCAUCAAAUCGAUUGGCGGAAAUAGGAAGACUAAGAUGGAGAUUAGGAGGUUGCUCAAGAAGACUGUCGAGAUUUUGAAUCAGGCCCCUGUCAAGCCUCAAUCGAAGGAGGAGGCAAAGAUGAAGGACAGCGAAUCCGCUGUCAGAAAUAGGAAGACUAAGAUGGUGACUAAGAGGUUGGACAAGAAGUCAAUUGAUAUUUUGAGGAAGCAGCCCCCUCCCAAGCCUGUCAUCUACAAUACGCGUUACGUGAACCCACACUUGCUUGAUAUGAUUACUGCCCAUGAUGAGGUUAAUUGUGUGUUCCAUGAGUACUUGCAAUGCCAUUCCUUGAUCAAGGGGUAUGCUGAGUACCAGGUGGAGGUCACCGAUGACGAAGACGAUGACCACAAGUUGGUGUAG